CAUUGGUGCUUAAGUUGGAGGAGAAAGUGAGGUAUCCAAACACCCUCUCAUUUGUCUCCAGAGCAGCCAUAGAGCUUCUUUCAGCAAGAGAUGAGGUAUAAAAGGAAUAAAGAAAGCUGGCAGGCCCCGCCAUUCGAGCCGCCAUUUACACAGAUAAGGCUAAAUGGUUUUGGUAAAAAUGAGUAGCAAUCCUUUUAGUCAUCCCUCGAGAGAGAAAAUGACACCAAGGCCAUCUCCUUUUCCUCAGACAUCAUUCGAGAAUCCUAUCCUCCUCAGCUCCCCAUCUUCCAGUGAGGAUGAAGAAGAUGAUAAAGGAAUGGAUAAUGGAGGCCUGGAUAUGAAACAGAACUCUCUUAAUCGUAGCUCAACCAGUUCACAUGGAGACUCUACAAGAUCAGAAAAGUUUACUCUCACUGGUGACUUCUCGUCUGAUAUUUAUGUAUCAGCUACAUCAGGAUCCAGUGAUGAGGAGCAGUCAUUAACGUGUCAGCCUCUCUCUAAUCUUAGGAACCUCAUCUCAAAGAAAAGGUCUUCUAAUUAUUCUGCUGUAAUGCCUGAUAAGCCAGUGGUCAUGUUGAGCGACUUAACUUCAUCAUCUUCCUCUGACUCGUCUUACAAUCCAUCAGAUAGUUCUUCUGAUGAAUCUCUCUCUUGUAAUGGUCUCUCUGCUCCUCUCUCAUCAUUUAUUGUUAACAUUCCUCUUAAUAAAAUCAAUCUAUCAAAGACUAACACUAAUAAAGCAAGCACUCCUCCUUUGACAAGCAUGAAAGGGAAAAGACCACUUGCCUUGAGUCACUUUGCUACGGUUAAGAAGAGAGCUGUCAAUGAUGCUUCAAAGGUCAGUCCUGGAGCUGGUGUUGCUUCUGUAUUGCAGCUCAAGCCCCCACUAGCUCUUAAACUAACCAAAUCUCCUACUGGUAACAAUUGGCACUCGAUGAUUAGUCCACCCCAAGCUAGCCCCUCUUUAGUUCCUUCUGUUUCUCCUACUAAUGCAACCCCAGGGAAGGUCUUACCUUCUAAAAAGAAAACGCCUCCCCAGAAAGGCAAAUCUUUGUCUCCAGUCAAGUCCCAUUCCCCCUCUCUUUCUUUGGGUGACAUGAUUUGCACGGAGAGGAGAAGAGCUCAUGCUGAUGCUAGACUCCUAAUAGAGAGCCACCUAAUGAUGGAGGACGACUUGUCAUCUGUUACCAGUAAUUCUAGUUUAAUUACCAAUAGCUCUAAUAGUAAUGGACAUGCAAGAGUGACGUCAUCCACUCCUCAGCCACCACCGGCACCCACUAGUCAAACCACAGCAUCAGCCGUAAAACCUACCAACAAGCCUCGUGGAAAGUUGAAAGCUAAAGGCUCUAAAACAAGGCACCACAAACGCAAUACUGGGAAGCAGCUGACUAAUAUCAAGGACAUCAAGUCGACGAUAUGUUUCGAGAAGCUUUUCGGUUCUCUCUCUCCGAGUCUAAGGCUAGUAAAAGGGGAGCUACAACCAGUUCACUCUCUCUCUUUAAAGGAUAUAGCCAUUGUGCCAGCAAACCAUCCAGUACACAAUUGGAGGAUUGGCAAAGCUGUACCGAAAUCUAAACAAAAGACGCGUAACUGUGAUAAGACAGAGCCUCUCCCCUCCACCUCACCAAUCAGCUCUUCCCUAAUACCACCCUCCUCUUAGUCCUCAUUUUAAUUUUGUUCUCCUUUGUAUACUUUUAUUGUGUACAGUGUGUGUUUUUGUGUGUAUUUUAUGAUAUAAAAUCAUCUCAGUUUUAUGAUGAUAUUAAAAUAA